AAUUUUGAUAACUGUACGCUAGUGAAUAACCUUCAAAAUACUAACAAUCAACAUCAGAUAUACACGGUAGUAAUUUUUUGCGAUACAUCGUGUGACAUAAUAAUCGUCUGAGGAAAUUCUGUCAGUCCGCAAGCGGUCAGCCUUGUGUCAUUUGUUUCGAGUUGACGUACUUGUACUGUAAGUGACCGGAUUAGCCUUAACCACUAUCGUUAUGAUAUUAGAAAUGAAUAUUAACUGAAAUGAACACGCAAUCAAAAGCAGCCAUCGGGAAUGGUGGUGAAUCUUCGGAAGAAUUCGAGCCAAUCCUGACGGAAGUUGAUAUUUCAACCAGAUCUUGGACGACAUGGAAUCCUCUCAAUAUAUUUACCUGCCCGCCAACCUACGGUCAUGCUGUUGUUAUUCUGAACAGGCCCAUUCACCUGAGAAGCAGCAUACUCCUCAACGUUUGGAAAAAAGCUCGUGCAAGAGUUACCGUUGACGGAGGAACAGAUCGAUGGAUAACGUACCUUGGUUCUUGCGGAGAAGCGGUGAUGAAUGGCCAGAACAAAGAAUUUCUACCCGAUCUAAUCACUGGCGAUAUGGACAGUAUUUCACCAGAUGUGCUUGAUAAGCUGCGACGCUUAGGGGUUAAUGUGAUAAAUACCCCUGAUCAAGAUGCUACUGACUACACAAAAGCACUCCUUCAACUCGGUAUCUACACUACAGCGAAUAAGAUAAAUCUUGAUGGGAUUUAUGUGUUUACGGAAACAACUGGGAGAUUGGAUCACAUAAUAGCCAAUAUCAACACGUUGUUCAAGAGUGAAAAGCUUGUCGGAGAUGCCCAGGUAAUACAAGUUUCCAGUGAUUCUUUGACAUGGCUUCUACAUCCUGGGACCCAUAGGAUAUCGAUACCUGAGCCAUUACUGCAAUGUAAUUCAUGGUGUGCUCUUAUGCCCAUUGGAUCUCGAGUUACAAGUAUCACAACAACUGGACUUAAAUGGAAUUUGGAUUGUGGAACACUGGAAUUUGGCAACAUCGUCAGCACCUCCAACACCUAUUCUGGUUUCCCUGAAGUAACAGUUACUACCGACACCGCGGUGCUUUGGUCCAUGGACAUCGAGCCGCUUACAGAAAAUAUCUGUUCUGAAAGCGCACCGCCAUCUUGACCAACAGAGGGCAAUGAAAGUUUUUUCUUUGUUGAAAAAUCUACAACUAAGUUUUAUCCUUUGUUCGAAUACUAUCGGCAACUGUACUUUGCUGCAGCGAAUU